UCAGGACGUACAUAUCUUAUCUACAAAUAUACAUACUUCUUAUGUCUUAUCAAUAGAAAAAUAUGAUCUGACAGUUCACAUUCUCUGUACUGGACACAGCUGACCCAUUUAGAUGAGUUACUUGCAGGAUCUGACAUCACACAGGCUCUGUCCCCUUCUCUUGUUCUCUAUUGGAAGCAAUAGGUCGCAGGACAAUCCUUCCCUUAUUUCCCUCCCCUCCAUUCAAACGUGUUCUGAAUACAUAUAUAGUCUGGCUGCAUUUUUCUGAUAAGCAGAGUGUCUGUACGCUCGCCCCCACGAGUGGAUGCACCAUUUUCUCCAGUGCUCAGUCCCUGUGCCAAGCGAGCCUGCUGCUCAGAUUUCCUAUAUAGGAUCUGAUUGCUAUCUGUCUACUGAACAAACAGCAGCAGCAGCCUCUCCUCCCUGCUAGAACCAGCCUUGCUACACUGGUUCCUUCCAACCAGGGAAAAGGAGAUUCACUGCACCAGCUUCCCCUCCUCACCGCGACAAGAGAAAGAAGACACAGGGCUGCUGAGACUCUUCUUCCCAUUAGCAUCACCCCUUCUACAGCUGGCUGUCUCCUCUAACCAUAUUAUGCAUCACUUCUGCCCCUACUAGCUCUGCAGAGAAUAAGGCCAGGAAGGGGCACCUAUCUCUGCAUCAUUUACUGUACCCUACAAAGAGCAGUCAAAUGGACCAAGCUUAUAACAGGUAACUUCUGGCAGUGCAUUGCUGUCAGCUGAGUCCAAAGGUACAGAGGUUUUGAUAUGAUUACGUCCUUCCAAUCCAAUAAAGAGAUGAGACCCUAUUCACACUCUAAUCACAUUUAAAGAGAAAGAGUCCUACAUUUCUUUUCCAGCACCAGUCAUGGAACAAGGACAUAGUAUACAACAUUUUGAGAUCCCAUCAUCUCUGGGGUACAUGGACCUUAUAAUUCAGAGUGGAAGACAGUUCCUGGGUGCCCUGAAAGAAUGCAAAGACUGUGGCUUGGUAUCGUCAUACGCCACAUUACAAGCACAUGCCAAGUUUUCUUGGAUGGAGUUGCUGUAUGUUGUAUUGUGUUCUCUGGCAUUGACUGGUCUCCGUACGACAACUACUACAUGGAUCUUCCAGCCAUUUAGUAAAUGGUGCAGACUCCGGCCAAGAGAAGCAGAAAAGGUUCCAGAGAGUGCCUGGAAAUGUCUCUUCUACAGCUUGUCGUGGACGUACUGCUCAUACCUACUCUUCUUCACUGAGCACAACUUCUUUUAUGAUUCACCCUCCGCCUUCCAUGGUUGGAAGUCAGGAGCAGACGUUCCCAGGAAUAUUGCCCUUAUAUAUCUCAUUCAAGGUAGUUUUUAUGCACACUCUACGUAUGCCACUUUGUAUAUGGAUGUAUGGAGAAAGGACUCUGUUGUAAUGAUCCUGCACCAUGUGGUCACUUUCUGUCUUAUUAUGUUCUCCUAUGCUUUCCGAUACCACAAUAUCGGAAUCCUUGUACUCUUCCUUCAUGACUUUAAUGACAUUCUGCUAGAAUUCACCAAACUCAAUAUCUACUUCAAAACGCGAGGUGGAGCUUACCACAAAAUGAACAGUAUCAUUACAGAUAUUGGGUCUGUACUGUUUAGCAUGAGCUGGUUCUGGUUCCGUCUCUACUGGUUUCCUAUGAAAGUCCUUUAUGUCACAUGUUGCUCCAGCCUCCAGUCUAAUCCAAACAUCCCGUUUUAUUUUUUCUUCAAUGUUCUCCUUUUUUUAUUGACACUUAUGAAUAUUUAUUGGUUUUUGUACAUUGUAAUGUUUGUAGUGAAAGUCUUAACGGGCCAGGUUAAAGAAGUGAAUGAUGUCCGAGAAUAUGAUAAUUCUAAAGAUCAGAAAAUAGACGACCAAGAUCAUACCAAGACACCUAGACAUAAGGACUACAUAAACAAGCAGUCCAUGGCAAAUGGAUUUGUAAAGAAGAAGAGAGUAUAGUGAUGGCAUACUACAGUCACAUGUCCACCGGUCUUACCUCUGCCCAGAGAAGAGUCUUGUUUCCAUGUGCUUCCGCAAUGUGUUACAACGAACUGAAUCGUUUUUAAUUUGACUACUGUAUUAUAAGAUCCAUAACAUAUUUUCCUCAUCCUGAAACUAAAGUAUUAAUAUGUCAUCAGUCACUAAUUCAUCAGCUAUGGUUUUUAUUAAGUUAUCAAUUGAUGCUGAGU